GUGUGUGUGUGUGAGAGAGAGAGAGAGCGAGAGAGAGAGAGAGAGAGAGAGAGAGAGAGAGAGAGAGAGAGAGCAGCAGGCCACUCCUUUGAAAAACUGCGGUCAUAUUGAGCGUCUUUUCCAUACAGCUGAUGCAUACAGCGAUAUAUUUAUAUAGACUCAUACAUCACACGAGCUGUGUGUAUUGUAGUGUAUCUCACGUUUAUCUCCGUUCUCGUUUCGGGUCAUCAAUGGAAACGAUGUAACCUGGUAACCCGAAUGCAGCAGGCGAACGUUGAGAAGGUUAACUUGCAACACUAAGCCAGGAGAAAGUGAACCGAAGCCCAGAAAGGUCGCAGUCAUGUUGGAGGAGGACAUGGAGGUGGCCAUCAAGGUGGUGGUGGUGGGGAAUGGAGCAGUCGGGAAGUCGAGUAUGAUUCAGCGAUACUCCAAGGGCAUCUUCACUAAGGACUACAAAAAGACCAUCGGCGUUGACUUUCUGGAACGACAAAUAAUAGUUAAUGGUGAGGAUGUGAGACUGAUGCUGUGGGACACUGCUGGACAAGAGGAGUUUGACGCCAUCACCAAGGCCUAUUACAGAGGGGCUCAGGCGUGUGUGCUGGUGUUCUCCACCACAGACAGAGAAUCAUUUGAAGCUAUCAGCAGCUGGAGAGAGAAAGUAGAGAUGGAGGUCGGGGACAUUCCAAUAGUCCUGGUGCAGAACAAAAUUGAUCUGCUCGAUGAUACGGUUAUCAAAAAUGAAGAGGCUGAAGGUCUUGCCAAGAGGCUGAAACUAAGAUUUUACCGCACAUCAGUAAAGGAAGAUCUCAAUGUGAAUGAAGUUUUUAAGUAUCUGGCCGAGAAAUAUCUACAGCGACUCAAGCAACAGUCAGCAGAGGAGCCAGAGGUGGUCCAUACAUCCAGCAAUAAAAUAGGGGUUUUCAACACUACUGGCGCCAGCCACCUGAACCACUCCAGCGAUCUGAACGGCCGUGAGGUGAUAAACCUGCGACCAAACAAACAGAGGACAAAGAAGACAAAAACCCCUUUUGGUAGCUGCAGACUGCUUUGAAAUGUCUUGCCGGUGGUGUUGAGAUUGAUGAACCACAGGUGAUUUGAAGUUAAAAAGUCACAUUCGCUCUUAACACACUUAAUCCAGAGCAGAUCCACUCAUGUUCUGUGGUCACAUCUAUUGAUGUCAUACAUGUCAUCUUAUUUUAUGAUGUCACGAGGGAGGCUGAACGUUUAUGAACUGCUGCCCUCUUGUGGCCGCAAGUGAUUAAAACAAUAGCUGGGAAAUUAAUUUGUAACGCCUCAAUUUCUGCACCCCUAGUGGCACCCAGCAGAAUUGCUAAUGUUGAAUAAAAUAUUUGGAUUUGGCUCGGAGUCAUUCUGUUAGUUUAUUUCAUAUCUGGUCCAGCCUAAAAAACAUCCUUUUGGUGCUGCGUGUGGUGCAGAAAUGACACAUAUAUAGAUUACAAGUAAUUUUCUUGGUGUAUAUCAAGUGUUUGACUAUCAUGGAUACAUUUUCAAAUACGACCCUCAUGACUAACAGUAAACUGGAGGUCUGUCGAGUUAUUUUUGUAGAAAAUAUUUAAACAUGUUCAACACCCCCUCUCCUCACAACAACGAUUGUGGCUCAAAAGUAGAAUGAAAAGUGAAUAUAUUUUCACAGUGAUAUAUUUUGUGAGUUUCUAAGAUGUGUAUUAUUUCAUGUGGUAUACAGCAGGGUAAUGUUCACAUUUACACAAAUGAGAUUAUUGGUGACAAAAUCGUGAUUUAUACAACACACCAUUUGUGUGCAUUUCGACUGUUUAUUGUGCAAUAUGUUUGUUUUGAUGGAGAUACAUCAUUUGCUAUCACAAUCUUUCCUUAAAAGGCCAUUGUUGUAUCUUAUAUGAACAUCACAAAUUUCAACCCAUGUAUUUUUGUAUAAAAAAGUAGUAAAGUAAUAAAUUACGUUAAUUCAUAGCAUUAACACCGUGCCAAAAUGUUUCUAAACUAUACUUGUAAAUAGUGUUAGUAAAUUGUUGAUCAAGUCAGAUUUUUUAAAUAUUUGACAUUCUGUAAAUGCAUUAAAUAUAGUUAUCCGAAACGGAUUUUCAUAUUCUGACACAAUACCAAAUGUCAAAGAUUUAUUGAAAACCAAGGCAGAGGAAAAUGGGAGGCAGCCUGUCAAACGUGACUGCAGAUUUUCAUGCAUACACAAAUCAUUAUGUUGCUUACAUGUCAAGUGAACAUGACAUUUGCAAUUUAUGCAUCUACAUGACAUCUGUGAAAUUAUAGAAUACGUUUGAGAAAAUCUACCAGUGAUUUGUUACCAAUAUUACCAUUGAUAUUGAAAAUACCUCACAUAUGAGCAAGGGUUUAAUGGUCAAGUUUGUGUUUAUUGCACUGAAGCAAGCUGCAGUAUUAGGCUUUACAUAUAUAUAUAUAUAUACAGAAAACCACCCAAAUAAAUAUCAAAGAAGUGUGUUUAUAAAAACAAUUUAUAGGACUUUAAGGACUAAAUCUAGCCUUUCACAAUUUUCAAGCCUUAAACACUAAAGCCAUUAGAAACAAACAAAACACAACACAACAGAAGUAACAUUUCAGGAAACGUUUUCUUAAUUUGCAAGUGUUAUAGUGUUUACUGAAAAUACGUGCUUAAAGAUGUGCUAAUAGUUUCCUCUGUAUACAUUAGCAAGAAAAAAACAAUGUUCAAUAAAAAUUCUUUAUUAGACGAUAUUGCUUUGUACUUAAAGUGAAUCAGCUGGUGGAUCUGAAUUGUUCAUCACUCGCUAUCAGUUCAAAAUGUUCAAUAGAUGUUAUAGUGUUACUAACAAUAAUCCAUUUCAAUCAGACAUAUUUCUUUAUCAAUAUCAAAUCCAUGUUACACAUGGCUUCAUUUUUGAUUGAUUGAUUGAUUGAUUGAUUGUAUUGAUUCAUGAAACGCAUGCCUUGUCUUUUGUUCAUAUGAAUAUGAAGUCAUGGUACUUCGCCACAACGGCCUUCAUGUUUACAGUGCUGAUCUGCUUUAUUAUAAUCGGCUUCCUCAUGAAAUAUAUAUCUGUUAUAUUUAUAUAUCUCACUAUGUUGAUUUUCAUUUUUGCUCAAUUUUAGCUGACGUUAAAUAUGUGUCUUGAUUAUUGAUUUUCAUGUUUGCUGGAAAUGAAUGAUUAUAUGACGACACUACAAUGAACUAAAAGCACUUUAUUAUCUGAUAGAAUUCCUCGUUGCUUUCCUGCUAUAUAUUCUGCUGUUGUCCAAUAUCAAAACUGCUAAAAAUGCUUAUGCUUUUUUCUUUCUAACGUAUACAUGACAUUUUAACACGUAUGUAAGAAUAUGCCAGCAUCGGUCACAUCAGCAGAAGUGUCAUUUCACUGUAUGAAUAAAAGGUCUUGUAGGAUGAUAAUACCUGACAUCUUAUGUGGUGUACCACAUGAUUGUGCAGGUGAGACUUUGCUCUGUUUUUGUUGAAUGGUUGUCAAAAGAGGAAAAUAAAUGAUCUAUUGUAGUUGUUUUAUUCCACUGAACUGUGACCCUUUUAAUGUGUAAUGUUUUGUUUUGUAACACGUUCUAAAUCAAGAGUUUACACUUAGAUGUCAUGCUGUAGGAAGUGUAGAUCACAACAUAUCAAACAGAAACUUCUCACUAAAUUCUCAACCCAUUAUAAUAUACAUUUUAUAUUCAUUUACAUUAUAUUAUCUACUUUAAAUGAUCACAUAUAUCCACAGCCUACAUUUAGACUGAUUAACUCCAUUACUUAGUGGAAGAACUGUUUAUUAAUAUUAAUAUAUUUAGUAAUUAGUAUGUAUUUAACACAUUUAUUGAACAUUAUCAUAUCACUGUUUCCAGCAAAACUAAUCCCUUUCACAUCAUACUUAAGACUGACUCGCUCUCUAUAACCUUUAAUACGGUACUUUCAUUUCUUUGGGCAGUAUUCAUUCAUUUUCAUAACCUUUAACUUAUUUUAAAUCACAAUGUAAAAAUUCCUUAAUAUGUCCCUGAUAUUCCUAUUUCUUGGCUAAGGGUGUAAAAAGUUUGCACUGUAAUAGUGAGAUUAAAUGUGUAUUUAAGGAUGACCUACAGUUAAACAAGAUGAAAGAUACAUAACAACCCAAAGAAAGAAACAAACAAUCAAACUCAGUAGGCCUAUGUGUUCAUCUCAUGCAAGUUAUAUUCCAGGCUGUGAUGACUAAACUAACACCCAAAUGUGAAAUUCCCAAACAAGCGUGGUCUAAUUAAACCAUCACGAGCAGCAAACAUGUGCGUCUGUUCUAAAAAAAGACUAGCCAGCGAACCAGUAAAGUAAAAUUCACAGGACUCAAGCCGGAAUGUUGGUAGAUGCCAACUAAACCUAUUUCACAUUGCUUUAUAAGGGUUAGUAAAACAAAGUAAACAAAAUAUUUCUAAAAUACAACGUGUGACUUUAAAACGGUUGAAUAUCCAACGUAAACAUUUAUGAUCAGUGUUGCUUUAAGUUAAUGCAGUGAGGUAAAGAGUGAUCAAGAGGCCACAGGUACGUCUGUAAGAUGUCUGCUAAAGAUCUGGAAAACAUCUGCUGUGUAAGACCAUCUGCUAAACAUCUUAGAAAGAGCAAACUAUCAGACGUCUCUGAGACGUAUUGCAGAUGAGCAAACUAUAUCUUGCAGAUGUAAAUGCAGACAUCCAAUAGACGUUUGCCAGAUGUUUGUGUGCUAUC